AUGGCGCAAGCAAGCUUUGUGGUUCUGAUUUUGGCCUUGAUUGCGGGCGCCACAUUGGCUUUGUCUCCGGAUUCCACUCCGGCAUGGUCUCCAGCGAAUCCACCCACUACUGCAAGUACUCCACCACCGUCGUCAUCGAUUCCUACUGCUCCAACACCGUCUCCAAAAGCGGAAUCUCCGGCGUCGUCUCCAUCGGCCCAUUCUCCAUCUCCGAAGGCCGCUCCUAUUCCGCCGUCGCCACCUCCCCGUGAUGCGUCUCUUUCUCCGUCUCCUUCUCCUUCCUACUCCCCUUCUCCUCUUUCACCGUCUACUACUACUACUCCGUUGCCGGCCAGUCCUCCCACAUCGAUCGCAUCUCCACCGUCUGAAGCGCCUGCCCCGGCACAAAGCGCCGCUAUCUCCAACAGAAUGGCCGUCUCUGGUUCCCUGGCCGUCGGUCUCCUCGCCGCCGCUUUCGUUGUUUAA